AAAUAGCUCCCCGCUCUUCCUCGCUCGUUCGCGAGCAUGGCGAAACCCUGCCUCCUCCUCCCAUGGAGAUCGGCGGGAACAAACCCUAGUUCGAGCGAAUUCUGGCGGGAAACCCCCGGCGGAGGGUGGGCCACGGCCGCCGCCGUCAUCAUCGUCGUCCUCUGGCGCCUCCUCCGCGAGCUCCUCCUUCGCCGCCCCCGCCGCUCCGCCGACCUGGCCGGAGAUCCGUCGCUGGAGGAGGUGACGACUCCUUACCCUACCUCGACCUCGACGACGACGACGACGAACCCUUCGAUAAGGAUAUCGGAGAUCAUACCUGACUCUGAUCUCAGGAACUUGAUCGCGAGCUUGGAUGGGAGGCUGGAAGAAAAAGAAAAAUGGGAAGAUGUCAUUUAUAAGAAGAAUGACAAUGUAUGCUAUAAAGCGUGGUGCUGUAGACCAAAGGAUGGUCCCCCAAAGUAUCUCAGUGUUACAACAUUUGAGAGAUGCUCUACGGAGCUAUUAAGAGAUUUCUACAUGGACAAUGAGUAUAGGAAAGAGUGGGACAACACUGUGGUGAAGUGCGAGCAACUGCAGCUCGAUGAAGCCAGUGGAACAGAGAUUGGGCGCAUGAUUAAGAAGUUUCCACUUCUGACACCAAGAGAGUACAUUUUAGGGUGGCGUGUGUGGGAAGGGAAAGAUAAGUCCUUUUAUUGUCUUAUUAAGGACUGUGAACAUCCCAUGGCUCCACAACAAAAGAAUUAUGUUCGUGUGGUUUUUUUAAGAUCCGGAUGGCAUAUUAGGAAAGUUCCUGGUAGGGAUGCAUGUGAAAUCGCCAUGAUACACCAAGAGAAUAAUGGCAUGAAUAUUGAGAUGGCAAAGCUUGCCUUUGCUAAGGGGAUAUGGAGCUAUAUAUGUAAGAUGAACAAUGCGCUGCGCCAAUACUCUUUCCAUGGAGACAGAUGCUCGCCUUCAGUUCUUACCAUGCGCAGGCUUAUUCAAAAGGUUCCACCUUCAUUUGAGUCUGAUGCUCAGAUAAGCCAAGAAUCGCCUGAAGCCUCAAGCGACAAUUCCACUAUCGGGCAUUCUACUAGAGAUUUGCUGCAUUACGAGGUAUUGAGGCGGCCUAAAAAGAAAUGGAUAACAAACGGGCUGUUGGUUCUCGGCGGCAUCGUCUGUUUAUCCCGAAGCCGCUCCGCCCUGGGGACCCAGGUGGCGAUCGCGUGCAUUUUGAAUAAGCUUAUGAACAACCGACAAGGAUUGAGCCCGGAAACAGGUCACAGAGGUGCAAGGGUUACCCGAAAACGCAGGCUUUAAGGCUGAUCCCCUUCUCUUCAACUGUCAUUAGCAGGAAGUCUGCAGCUUGGCUUUAAGUCAGCAGGAAGUCUGCAGCUUGAACAAUCGACCUGGUUGGAUAAUCAUGCUCCAACAACAAUGCAGGGCUCUUCAUGUGUUUUUUUGUAAUUCUUACUUCAAGUAUGUAUCUCAAACUUCCUUCAAACUAGGUUAUGUAUAUUAAUGAAUGAAUUAAUGUAAUAACUGAUAUUGUUGUUAAAAAAUGUACGUACGAACUUACUCUCA